CACAACAAGACCAGAUUCACAUAGCUGCUUUCCCCCAUUCCCUGUUAGGAACUUGUAGCUCCUACGGCUAUCUGUUCACGGACCCUACCCGGUACCCUAGGACUGCGACAAGCCCGCGAUUUCAUUCCUCGAUUCCGCGGUGCGCUCCCGGAUCGCUCGGAGAUUUGUAUUGCAGCGAAAUCCACGGGGCACUUGUGACAGCCCUCGGUCCUUGCGAAGGUGCGGUUGUCGUCAGUGUCGUUGGUCGUCCAAGCCUCCCUCCUCUCGUUGCAGCGCAGCCUGUCAUUCCACACCCCCUGUGGCUGUCCUCCCCAAUAAUCCGAAGCCCAAGCUGUCUCCGCUGCGUUGCCCGCCCACUCGCUCUAUUCGUCAUCCUUGAGGAAAGGCCAGUCACUCACACACCACACUGUGCUUUGUGUCAACCGACGAUCCCGUUGCCCUCAAGCCAAGUCCUCCUCCCCAACCUCGAACUGUGCUUUUGCGUCUCUAAGUUGGCACUCCUUAGCCACCACCAGCCAUCUUGCCAGACUACAGACUUGUGCAUCCAUCCGCGAGUUUCCCCCGGCCUUUAAACCCCUGCUUGUCACUUUGCGCCCACCUCGACUCCAUACUGGCACCACCAAAUCAAUUCCCAGGCAUUAACUGACGUAGUCGACUGAUGCCGGUCAGUUUGAAAUCGCAAACUUCGGCUUUGCCUCGACUUUUCACUCUCCCACAAAGGUCAACCCGUUCCAUCUUGAGGAGCCGUCUUGCCCAACUACCCUUGACUUCACAGACCGUACGGCAAUCCUUGGUCAGACCGAGCGUCCGGAGAUUCAGCUGCCCCUCCACGUCAAACUUCAGACGAUUCCACUCACCUGCUUCACGACAGUUGCCGGACUCCUCCAACCCCAGGGCCCCACGUGUCUUGCUUCAAUCUCGAAUCGACUUUGUUAUCUACUCCUUCGCUGUCGCCUUCGUGUGUCUCUGUGGUGUGUUGUAUCAACAGCCCGCUGACUCCAACGUCGCUGCCAUUGCCGGUACCGAGACUCAAUCGACGAUUCACUCAUCAGCCACCAUGGCAACGGAAGCACCCCCUGGAAGACCGGGAAACCUCACCCCGGAACAGGAGGAGAAGCUGCGCCAGCUAUGGAGCCUGAUUCUGUCUUUGGGAGAAGAUCCAAACACCACUACCGCAGAUAGCGCAUCUGCCAGCAUAGCCCCGAGCGAGACCUCGGCUGUCGAAAAGGGCGAGAAGCCUAAGAAGAAGCGCGUCUCACUUUUCAGUCGCAAGGACAAGAAAGAAGCUGGAUCAGCAAACUCUUCGGCUUCUGUCCAGACUACCAUCAAGGAAGAUGGCGAUGACAAGUAUGGCCAGACUAAGCAGUUUCAGGAGGCCUUGGCCAACCAAAGUCCCGAGGCUCUGCGCGCCACAAUUUGGGCCAUGGUCAAGCAUGACCACCCGGAUGCCCUUGCGCUGCGCUUUCUGAGAGCGCGCAAGUGGGAUGUUGAGAAGGCCUUUGUCAUGAUGAUCUCCACCAUGAACUGGAGAUUAACAGAGAUGAAGGUUGACGAGGAAAUCAUGAGGACUGGCGAGGCUGGUGCUUUGGAAGCUUCGAGGAGCUCGGAUGCCAACGUAAAGAAACUCGGUGAGGAUUUCAUGGCCCAAGCCCGGUCAGGCAAGACCUUCAUUCACGGCCUCGACAAGGCAGGACGGCCAAUCUGCCAGGUCAGAGUACGAAUGCACAGGCAAGGAGAACAAUGCGAGGAGAGCCUCGAGAAGUACACUGUCUUCUUGAUUGAGACAGCGCGGAUGGUGUUGGCUUCUCCCGUGGACACUGCUACGAUUGUCUUUGAUAUGACCGGCUUCUCCAUGGCAAACAUGGACUACACCCCCGUCAAGUUCAUGAUCAAGUGCUUCGAGGCCAACUACCCUGAAUCUCUUGGAGCUGUCCUCGUUCACCGUGCUCCUUGGGUCUUUCAAGGAAUCUGGAAGAUCAUCAAGGGCUGGCUCGACCCGGUCGUUGCAGCCAAGGUUCACUUCACCAAUAACGUUAAGGAGAUGUCGGAGUUCAUUGAUCCGGGGCACAUUCUCAAGGAGCUCGACGGCCAGGAGGAUUGGGACUACAAGUAUGUGGAGCCGGUCGCCGGAGAGAACGACAAGAUGAGGGACACUGCAACACGAGAUGCACUGGUGUCUGGCCGAGAAGAGCUCAUCCAUCAGUAUGAAGAGACGACCCUGCAAUGGAUCAAGGGGGCCGGGACGGACAAGGAGCCUGCCAUUAAGACCCAGCGCGAGGAGCUUGCCCGCAAGCUGAGAGAUGACUACUGGAAGCUGGACCCGUACAUCCGCGCCAAGUGCUUCCUGGACCGGACUGGCGUCAUCCAGGAGGGUGGGAAGAUCGAUAUGUAUUCUAAGGGAGCCCCCACGCUUCAGUCUGCCAACGGCGCGCCCAAGGUCGAUACCUCGGCUGAUGAUGUAGACUAGAAACAGCCGCAACAGUCAUAGACAUAAACACAGGUCAUGAGAAAGAACUGGGUUUACAAAAGCCAUGAUCC